AUGGCCCAUUACGGCAACUACAAUGACAGCGGCGGCUAUGGUCAAUACGAUCCGCCUUAUCCCAUGCAGCACAUGCAGACACCCACCAUGGCAAGCGAUGACGGCUACGGCAUUGAUCACAAUCGCAAAGCAGGUCGUCAGCAUGGGCAAUACCAACAUUUGAGCGAUGGCGGUGCUGGUGGUGCCCCUGUCUUGUAUGUUGAGGAGCCGCGUCGACGAUCGUGUAUGGACAAGCUAUGCUGUGGAUGUUGUACCUGUUUACCAAAGUGGAUCCGCUAUAUCUGUUGUAUCAUCUUGUUACUCAUCAUUUGUAUUGCCAUUGUCAUUGGUGUGCUCGCUGGUAUCUUCAAGGUCCCUGAUGUCAAAUUCAAUGGUAUCCAAGGCGAACCGCAAUUCAGUAUCAAUGGCACCACGGCCAACUUUGUAUUCAAUUUGAACAUCACCAUUGACAAUCCCAAUGUCGAGAGUAUCACUUUUGAGGAUGUGGUAGCCAAGGCAUAUUAUCCAGGGCACAAGGAAACUAUUGGAGGCGGAAAAUUAAAUGAUGUUCAUAUCGAACGAUACGCUGUCACCGAGAUCAUCUUCCCAUUCACUCUAAGUGUGGAUGCCAAGGAUUCGGCUACUCAAUCGAUUAUCAUGGACAUGAUGGGCAAAUGCGGUUUGACAGGAAGCGAACCCACCGAUAUCACCAUCAAUUACGAUGUCGUUCCCACCGUCAAUAUCAUUGGUAUCAAGAUAUCACCUACCAUUUCGAACCAGGCCAAUCUACCAUGCAACAGCAAUGAUAUCCCCGAUCUAUCAUCCAUUACUCAGCUCACCAGCUUGAUCCCUUCUGACGUCCUACCAACCAGUGCUUAA